UAAAAAAAAUAAAAAAAAAUAAAAUGGACCAUUCUCACCACGCCCAUCACGACCACCAUUCAUCUUUGCCAAAUGAUUCAAUUAAUAAUAUUCUAACAACAUUACAUGAACAUUCUUCCUCUGAUCACAAUAUGAAAAUGUAUUUCCAUGGGGGUUUUGAUGAAAUUGUUCUUUUUGAUUUUUGGCGUAUUAAUUCUACUUUGGGUCUCUUCACUUCAUUUAUACUAAUUUUCCUAAUGGGAGCUGCAUAUGAAGGCUUGAAAUGGUUUAGAGUUUACUUUCAACUUUGGACUUGUGAAAGAUCCAAAUCUUCCGAUUUUUUGUCUCUAAAUUCAGUCUCCCGAAAAGUUGAAGGAAAAAAUUUCAAUGGGUCAGAGGAUCACUCUUUAAUUAAAAAUAAUAACAAAACUUUUGCGUCUUCGAGUGGAUGUUCCGAAAAUUGUGGAAAUUCGAAUACUUUAAAUAGAGAAGUUUAUGCACCAACAGUCGUUAUUUCUACUCCACAAGUUUGUACUAGCAGUAUGCAAAUCAAUCGUUGGACUUGGAUAAUGAUGUAUGUCAAUCGUAAUUUUUCUCCGUCCACUUGUCAAUUGAUUGAGACUGGUAUUUAUGCUUUUCAACUUGUCUUAGCGUAUUGGUUAAUGCUUAUUGCUAUGACUUUUAAUGUUUGGCUUACUUUUGCUGUAAUUUUGGGAGCUGCUUUUGGUCAUUGGUUAUUUGCAAAUAUUAAAUGUUCCCCUCCACGUCGCUGUUUUUGUCAAUCUUGUGGAAAUGGUGGAGGGGCUACUAGCAGUAAUGAUCCAGAAAAUAUUGAUAAUUUUGCUUCUGAUUUGUGUCAUUGA